GAAGAUAAGCAGAGACAAGAAAAAGAAAAAAGAAAAAAAAAAGGAAGAAAGAAGAAGAAAAAGGUGGUGAUGGUGGUGGUCAUGGUUUGAUCUUUUAAUGGUAGCUUUGGGUUUCCAUAAUAGUGUUUUUCUCUGAGAACUGAGGACUGGAGAGGAGAAGGAGCAGUGGGUUGUUGUUGUUGUUAUUUUCAGGAGGGAGAGUAGGGAACCAGAGAGAGACAGAGAGAGAGAGAGAGUGAAGAGCAGCAAAGCCGAGAAGACUUGUGGUUGGAAGAAGAGGGUUCAAGUUUCAACUUGAGGAGACAUGCUCAGAUCCAUCCCUACAUCACUAUUCCUUACUUUACGAAAUCCAAAGAUUUGGAUACCCUGACUAUACUGCAACUUAUUUGAGUAAUGGGCUUCAACUUAUUUGAGUAAUGGGCUUCUGAGCAGUUGAAAAAGAUCUUUCACAACAUUGUUGAGAUCUCGGCAGAUUUCAUAUAACUAGAGAUGCUUGGGAAGAAGAUGGAAAUGAUAUAGCGAGGCAAGACAUUACCAGUAGGAUUCUGAUCGAAGUUCUGUUCAUUCAACACUUUCAUCUGUUUGUUGCUUCAUUGGUGUGUAAUUCCACUGGUUCAAAAAUUUGACAAUAAUCUCUAUCUGAGAAUUUGAGCUUGAAUAUGGGUUCUCCACCCCAGUGUGGUAAUGCUAGACAUUUAGGUCGACAACAAGACCAAGAAUCGUCCUCAAGUCAAUCAACUGAUCAAUCUCACCAUGAUGUGGUGGCUGUUGGGGGAUACAAUCUUCCUGGGCAAUGCAUUUCAGCACAAUCAGGAAUUGUUGAAAGUUGUGGAAAACGAGCAGAAGCUCACAUGAAACCUGUUGUUUCACUGGGAAAUCCUGAUUUUGUAUUCCCUGCUUUGCAAGUUGAUUUCAGCCAGACAUUGGCUCCCAUUUCAUACUCUUAUGCUGAUCCAUAUGUUGGUGGCCUAUUGGCUGCGUACGGACCGCAGGCUAUUAUUCAUCCCCAAAUGGUGGGAAUUGCACCUGCACGAGUUCCCCUGCCUCAUGAUCUUGCUGAAGAUGAGCCCAUCUAUGUUAAUGCCAAGCAGUACCGUGGGAUCCUCAGACGGAGACAGUCUCGUGCCAAGCUUCAGUCCCAAAACAAACUUAUUAAAGAUCGAAAGCCAUACCUUCAUGAGUCUCGACAUCUUCAUGCAUUGAAAAGGGCUAGGGGAUCUGGUGGACGCUUUCUCAACACGAAAAAGCAAUCCAAUCCUAGUGCAGCCACUGAUGGUGAGGAUGCUUCGGACUCUGGUCAUCUGCAUCUGGGAGGAAACCUUUCAGAGUCUGAAGUAGUUCAAUCAGAAAAUAGGAAUGGGGGCACAUCCUGCUCUGAUGUGACGAGUGUUUCUAAUGGUGAUGAAAUCUACCGUCAAUCGGAUAACAGGUUCUCAGUCUACCCUCCACACAUGGGUCAGACCAUUCAAGGUGGAGGGGGAAUGGUGUGUAAUGGAUCACAGCACCGUGUACCUGUCAUGCAUUGAGAUAUCGGGACAGCCACAACCAGAUCAGUGGUUCAUCUGGGAGGAUUCUUGAAUUAUGAUUUAGAUCCAACAGAUACCUCCUUCUGGGCUUGUGGUAUUCCUCCCGGCAAUACAUCCUUGGCUCUGUUACUUUUGAUUUUGGUGUUUCAUGCUUGUUGGCUAACUUGUUAUAGACACAAAGUAGACAUGGGAUACUGUUACUAACUGGUUUCUUGGAUCUCUGAAAACAAUUGGGCACUUGAAAAGGACUUAUUUGAAGUUACUGCUGGUUAGUUUAUUAACAUAUUCUCCAGGUUUCUAUCCUGGACCUUGUGCAGCA